AUGGACAUACUCCUCCUCAACUUCACAGAAAACCACCUGGGUGUUCUUUCCAGGGAGACUUUCACAAAUGUCACCGCUGUUCAAAUAUUGACGCUGAAAAACAACAAAAUUGCCUCGAUACAUGUGGACGCAUUCGAAUUGCUUCGUAACAUGACUUGUUUGGAUUUGUCUGGAAACAGUCUUUGUGAAGACAAGUUCUUAUUGUUGAAUAUGACCCGUGCUGUGGGGAAUACAAGAGUUCAGCUGCUUCUUCUAGAACGUAUUGGACUCAAUGAUACUUCUAUGGAACAGUUAAGACAUAUAGCGUCACAUGCAUUGAGGAGAGUUGUUAUCAGUGACAACACUAUUACCCACCUCGACCUAUCAAUAUUUGAAAAUAAUCCAAAUCUUACAGCUAUCUCAGCUGAAUAUUGUAAAAUUCAGUCGACGACUUUUAUACCGUUACCAUCUCUAACAGAGUUAAAUUUAAGGUAUAACUAUAUGAAGGAGAUUCCAGACUUCUGCAAACCCACCAAUCAAAGCAUUCCACGACUGGCGAGUCUCAACAUCGACCGUAAUAAAUUACAAUUACUUAACUCUAGCAAAUUUGAUUGCCUUAGAAACUUGAAGCAUCUGUUCAUUUCACGAAAUGAUUUACAAUAUAUUAAUCUAAAUACUUUUUCAACUCUACCCAAUCUGAUGGAAGUAUUCCUGCAGGUUAGUUUGGCUUGUAUCAGCAUGGAGGAAGAAAAACCUUAUCAACGAAUCCACGCCUAUUCAUUUAACAACAGUCGUCUGACCACCAUAGUUCUGCAGGGAUGUCAGCUGAAAUUCCACAUGGAUGUAAGCUCGCAUGCUUUUGCUGGCUGUUCAGGCCUUUUACACUUAGACCUCUCUGGCAACUACCUGGACCGGGUGACGGAAGACAACAUGAUUGUGUUAUUGGGCAAUUUGUCCAGUUUGAGAUCCCUAAAUCUCGCCAAAUGUGGAUUGCCAUCUAUUCCUAGAGUUAUAUCACAGAAACUUCACGGACUCCAACGUCUUAAUUUAUAUGAGAAUAAUAUAAACUAUGUGAGAGUGGACACCUUCAAAAAACUGACUCAGCUCAAACGGUUAUAUCUAAACGGUAACCGUUUUGUGUUUUUAAGUAAGGAUGCAUUCUUCAAAACAUUUUUGUCUCAGCUGGAAAUAUUUGAUCUUUCUGAGAACAGAAUAUCGUGUACUUGUGAGAAUCUCUGGUUCAUACAAUGGCUACAGGAGCGUGGCUCAAGCAACUCCUCUCCAAUACAUGGAAAACACUACACCUGUGCUAGUCCGUCUGACAUGCAAGGCCAACUGAUCACAAGUUCCCAGCUGUCCACACAGAGAUGUCUCAUUUCACCCCUGCUGUUUCCGUCUGUGGUGAUCAUGUCCGGUCUCAUCGUGCUCGCCAUACUUGUUAUCACGUUCAUCCACAGGUGGCGCUGGCGCUUACGCUACUGUAUCUACAUGCUUAGGUAUAAGAAGAGAAGACAUGGUGGCCAGGAGCGGAUGACCUUCGUCUAUGAUGCCUUUGUUAUGUACGCUGAUGCUGACUCUCUGUGGGUCAGGAGUCAGCUGAUGACUAAUAUCGAGACCACGCAAAGACUCACUCUGUGUAUUCACGAGAGAGAUUUUAUACCCGGACAAUAUAUUGUAGAUAACAUUGUAACUUCUAUGGAAAAGAGCAAUAAAGUUAUCCUUGUGCUGUCCAACAACUUUAGUGAAAGCCCUUGGUGUCAGUUUGAGUUGACUCUGGCCCAGAAACGUGCGAUGGAGCAGGACCAUGGGUACCUGGUGGUGAUUCGGCUGGAUGAGGUGCAUGACAGAAACAUGACGCCAUCACUGUAUGCUCUGCUGCAGACGACAACAUACGUGUCCUGGCCGACCGAAGAAGAUGACAGACCGCUGUUUUGGGACCGUAUUGGACGGUGUCUGCAGCAAUAAGUACCAUACUACUGUAAGUGCUAAGGUUUUCAAAACUGUGCAAAGGUUGGCAUAAGUAGGGAUUUCAUCUGUAGAUAUGUGGUGUUUCCAUAUUUUGGAUCUGACCGACGCUGUUGCGUUCCUUUGAUGGCAAGAUUCUAAUUUCGCUCUGAUUUCGUUUGGUUUUAUAGUACCAUACCUGCAUUCCUGACUUUCUUUUAUUCAGUAAUUUUUGACUUUCCUCACACAAGUGUUGCAUAAUUUUCCAAGUACGUACCCAAUAUAUGUUUUAUGUAUUUUUGAAUGGACUGUGUAUAGCCACCACAAGUGUAUUUCCUUUUAUCACAUAAUCAAGUAAAUCUGUAUAAAAUAGAAAACAUAAAUGCACUACAUGUAUGGCGCCGGCUCAUGCUUUAGUAAAGAAUGUUGUUGUAUUUCUCAACAUAUAUUUCAGACAGCAAUGCUGUAUGAUUUUUGAAGUGAGUCUGUUAUCGUUUGUCUCGGAGAACAAAACAGCCAGUGUUUCAUGGUCAGGUUCCAUGUGGACCUCCUGGUAUCCAGACCUAACAACGUUACCUAACAACAGUACCUGUAGGAUGAGGACAGGCUUAUUGCACAAAACGAAAUCAUGUCUGCGUUGACAUCAUAUCGUUUCCGCAUCUUAUUAAUUACUCCCCUGCUUUCUAAACCACGAAUUUAUCGAUGACAUCACCUGGGACAACGAUUAUCUUUUUAUUUGUGAAAUAAAUCCGUGUAGUAUAUACUGGUAUUUUGUAUACUCUACGGUGUACUUUGAGAAAGUCCUGCGCGAGAUUGUGUUAAACAAGACCAGCGUAUACUAUGAAUAUUUGUAAACGUAAUAGAUCAGGCUAUUGUCUGAUUGUUAUAGUUUUAAAUCCACCCCAUGUAAUGUUUAUAAUGAAUAAAG